ACCGCUCCAGGUUUCAGGAGAAGGACGAGCUCUAUCUAUUACGGCCUCAUUUCCGUACCUAAACGAUUGGAGUAAGAAGAAUCCUGAAUCCUGAACUGAACGUACUGCAUUGCACUCCCGCUGUAGGAGACCGGUGGUUAUUCUAUCAUUAUGUCCAAAAACACAAUGAAUGUCGACAUAUUAAAAAGUUUCAUCAAGAGGACAGAGGAGGUAAAUCUACACCGAUCUGGCAUUAAGCGUUCGAGCAACCGGAGGGUUUAUUUGAUCGCGACUGUCGCGACUUCUUUCGUACUCGGUACAUAUUUGUAUUCUAUCCACACCAUUAGUCGUUCCCGCCACUUGGAUUCCGCUUUUGACGAAUUGCCUGAGUACACCACUGGAAACUACUAAUAACCUGCGCAUCAGGAUUUUUCUGCUGUACACAUUUUCCUUGCUCACAAAAUUUCACAGUGUAUAGUCGAAGAAUUGCUCCUUGCAACCGGAUUACGGUUGUCUUUUAACCCAUCUCACU